UUGACAAGUGAACAAACAAGGAAGAGGCUUGUCAAUUGCCAGAGUUAGGAAACGUGGCCUUAGCAAAGGAGAAUCCAACAUUAGUAGAAACGAGCUGUCUUGAUAGCAGGCAAAUAGCGUACACGACUCCGUUGGGUUGGUGGACAACUUGCAAACAUGGCCGAUGUUAAUCAAGAAUCGGUCUUACCGAGCGAAACUUCACCUCCCGCUCUGGACGGACUGAAUGCAACCGACUCAAAUGGUACCGACGCUGUCAACGCGACAGUGGCCAAGUUUGUGGCGACACCGGAGGGAACAGCACUGGCAUAUGGCAGCCUUGUGUUCAUGGCCCUGUUGCCCAUCUUCUUCGGUGCACUGCGGUCCGUUAGCUGCGGCAAAAGCAAGGUUGCUGGAGAAAAUGGUUGCGAUUAUGAGUACAGAAACUCCUCAGACAUGCCAGAGACCAUCACAGGCAGAGAUGCUGCACGGUUCCCCAUCAUUGCCAGCUGCACCCUUUUCGGCCUCUAUCUUUUCUUCAAAGUUUUCUCUCAAGAGUACAUCAACUUGCUGCUGUCAAUGUAUUUUUUUGUCCUGGGGAUUUUGGCACUGUCUCAUACAAUGAGUCCCUUCAUGAACAGGAUCUUCCCUGCUAACAUUCCCAUCAAGCAGUACCAGCUGCUCUUCACUCAGGGCUCGGGAGAGACCAAAGAAGAGAUUGUCAACUAUGAGUUUGACACCAAGGACAUGAUCUGUCUGGUCAUCAGCACUGUGGUUGGGGUCUGGUACAUCCUCAAGAAGCACUGGAUUGCCAACAACCUCUUUGGCCUGGCGUUCGCCCUGAAUGGGGUGGAGCUUCUGCACCUGAACAACAUCAGUACUGGCUGCAUCCUGCUGGGGGGGCUGUUUGUUUAUGAUGUCUUCUGGGUAUUUGGCACCAAUGUCAUGGUUACUGUGGCCAAGUCGUUCGAGGCACCCAUUAAGUUGGUGUUUCCCCAGGACCUGCUGGAGAAGGGUCUGGGCGCCAGUCAAUUUGCAAUGCUGGGCCUGGGAGAUAUUGUCAUUCCAGGUAUCUUCAUUGCUUUACUUCUCCGCUUUGAUGUCAGUCUGAAGAAGAACACCAGGACCUACUUCCACACCAGCUUCCUGGCCUACAUCUUUGGCCUGGGCCUGACCAUCUGGGUCAUGCAUACCUUCAAACACGCCCAGCCUGCCUUGCUGUACCUGGUCCCAGUCUGUAUUGGAUUCCCAGUGGUUGUAGCUCUGUUGAAAGGAGAACUGACUGAGAUGUUCAGGUAUGAGGAAGUGUCUGCGGAAGAUGCUGCUGCUGCUGCUAAAGAAGAGACUACUACACAGGUUGAGAAAAAAGACAAAUGACGACAAAGGUCCUACAAGGUCGUCCAUCACUCUCUGGCACCACGUUCACAGCAGCCCUCCUUUCUAUACACAUCCUAGAAGGUCGUCCAUCACUCUCUGGCACCAUGUUCACAGCAGCCCUCCUCUCUAUACACAUCCUAGAAGGGUGUUCAUGUUUCCCAGGAGUUGUGUGCUGUACAUGGAAGUGGAUGAUUUGUAUUAAAUAUUUGUUAUAACAUUGGGAAAUGUUGUAGUUUAAGUGUUUUGUAAAACAGCUUUUUGGUGCCUAUGUUUUCCUUGUUUUUGUAUUCCUUUCCCUUUUGCAUUCUCAUAUGAUAUUUCUUGUUUCCAUUUCAUUUGAUUCGCCAGUAUUUUAAACUCAUAUGCUUUACUAUUUUCUUUUUGGGUAAAUCUGAGAUCACAGGAAGCUGAACAUUUUAGAAAUUGCUCUCGGAGUCUCAGAUAACGGGGGUCAAGUUUGGUGGUUUAGUUUGGUUUCUGUCCAGUCUUGGUUUGCUAUAGGAAUCGCUUCCUCAUCGAGAAUGAAACAUCAUUGGACGAUGUGAAGGAGGCUGGAGAUGAGUCUACGAUUGUCAUACACAUGCUUUAGAAGGAACUUUACCUUUGCUACUGUCCCCUGGCCUGGAAGUAGGCCUAAAUACCUUACCAUUCUCAAGGUAUAAUUGUGCCAAUUUGGUAGUGCAUGUAAUUACAUGCCGCCUGACUUGUUGACCAGUGUAACUAAUAAUAGCUUAGAAUUCUGAUCAGCUUAUUUAAGGAAGUAACUUGUGCAAUCAUGAUAUCACAUUUUGAUAUUUGUAUGGACAUUUGCUAUGACACAAUGAGAUUUCUGAGAGUCAUACUUCGCCAUACUCAGUCAUAUCCAAUCAGAUGAGUCUGUUAUAUGGAAAUAAUGUAUUCGUAUAGAAGUGGGUUAUGUCCUGUUCAGUGACUGAGAGGUACCUGCAGAUGGAGACCAGUGUCGACAGAACCAUAUCUCCUCGGAGAGAGGAGCCCCAGGGGAUCGAAUGAUUCCUCUUGCUUUAGGUUGGGAUUGUGCGGCUUUGAUUAUGUAUAAGUUCUGUCCUUUUGCAGAAUGGAGCAGUGUGUUUCAGGCCCAGAUAGAAAGGGAGUGGGGGGGGGCUUUUUCAUGUUAGGGAUUUAAGAUUGAGCAAUUCUGUAGUAAUGUGUUUAGGUGAAGAUCAUGCUCUGCCUGGUGAAGUUUAGUAACCCUGCUAUCAUUUCCAAUAAAUUUACAAUUUUUUUCCCCCUAUUCUACUUGUGUAAUUCAAAGUUUAUUAUGAGCCGUUGUUUAUGAGCUGAUAUCUAUUUUUAUUUUCAAUAAAUGUUGGUGUAUAUCACCGUAGAGAAGCAUAA